UCUUGCGCCGCGGCAGCCCCAGCUACUGCGACUUUGGUUCCGACUCUGAGAGGAGUCAGAAGGGCGGCCUGCCGACGACUGCGGCACCUGAUCGUCGUAAAAAUACGGGAAACGUGCUACGGCGUAGGGUUUCCCCCCGCGCCGCCUCGGCGCAGGGCUUCGGUUCCGCCGGCGUAGCGGCCCGGAAGUGCGGCCUUGGCGUUGGUGAGCAGGAGGCGGCCACGGCCCGGCCUGGUGCCUGAGGAGGAGCCGGAGGCAUCCAAGAAGGCUCUGCGGCAUCUGGACUGAGGAAUCGGAGCCCGCCAGGGAGCAACGGGGGGCAGGUCGGAAAAGGAAGGGUUCAAGCCCUGCGGGUUGAUGCACAGGUUUCCGUCUCCAUCGCCCAGACACAGAUUUGACGUCCUUCAGAUGCUAGAUGGCGGCGGCAGAGGCCGUGCACCACAUACACCUGCAGAACUUCUCUCGCUCGCUUCUUGAGACCCUCAACGGGCAGAGGCUGGGCGGGCACUUCUGCGACGUCACUGUGCGCAUCCGCGAGGCUUCACUGCGGGCACACCGCUGUGUGCUGGCCGCCGGCUCGCCCUUCUUCCAGGACAAGCUGCUACUCGGUCACUCUGAGAUCCGCGUGCCUCCGGUGGUGCCCGCACAGACCGUGCGCCAGCUCGUUGAAUUCCUCUACAGCGGCUCUCUAGUGGUGGCGCAGGGCGAAGCGCUGCAAGUGCUCACGGCUGCGUCUGUGCUUCGCAUCCAGACAGUUAUCGAUGAGUGCACGCAGAUUAUCGCGCGUGCUCGCGCCCCAGGCACCUCCGCACCAGCGCUCCUGCCUGCGCCGGUGCCCCCGCCACUCGCGCCGGCUCAGCUGCGGCACCGCUUGCGCCACUUGCUGGCCGCGCGUCCUCCGGGGCACUCUGGCCCCGCGCACAGCCGCAAGCAGCGCCAGCCUGCGCGUCUGCAGCUGCCUGCGCCCCCCGCGCCCACCAAGGCCGAGGGGUCUGAAGCCGAUCCCGCACUGCCCGAGGCCCCUGACGACCGAGGUGACGACGAGGAUGAGGAGACUGAUGAUGAGACCGACGGCGAGGAUGGCGAAGGCAGCGGCCCGGGCGAGGGCCAGGCGCCCCCUUCCUUCCCAGACUGCACCGGUGGCUUCCUCACUGCCGCCUCUGACAGUACUUGCGAGGAACCCCCUGCGCCCACUGGCCUUGCUGACUAUGGCGGCGGUGCCGGCAGGGACUUCCUUCGGGGAGCUACGGCAGCCGAGGACAUGUUCCCAGACAGCUACGUAUCCGCUUGGCACGACGAGGACGGCGCUGCAGCUGAAGGCUGUACUGCUGAGACCCCUGUCCCGCCUGACUGCAUCCUGGCCGGACCGCGCCCACCAGGCGUGAAGGCCCCGGGGCCGCCCGUCGCGCUCUUCCCCUUUCACCUGGGCGCUCCGGGGCCUCCCGCACCAACCCCUACCGCACCAUCGGGGCCAGCCCCUGCACCCCCGCCUGCCUUCUACCCCACACUCCAGCCGGAUGCAGCCCCCACCUCUCAGCUGGGGGAGGCUCCGGCACCUUCUGUCGCUCCUGCGACGGCCCCCUUAGGCACUCCUGCGCGUGCCCCAGGCGCGGAGCCGCCGGCCUAUGAGUGCAGCCACUGCCGCAAGACGUUCAGCUCACGGAAAAACUACACCAAGCACAUGUUCAUCCAUUCCGGGGAGAAGCCGCACCAGUGCGCCGUGUGCUGGCGAUCCUUCUCGCUGCGCGACUACCUGCUCAAGCAUAUGGUCACGCACACCGGCGUGCGCGCCUUCCAGUGCGCCGUCUGCGCCAAGCGCUUCACACAGAAGAGCUCGCUCAACGUGCACAUGCGCACGCACCGGCCCGAGCGCUCGCCCUGCCCCGCCUGCGGCAAGGUCUUCUCGCACCGUGCGCUGCUGGAGCGCCACCUGUCCUCACACCCUGCGCCCUGAUUGCGGUCCUGGGCCUGGCCUCGCCCACUGUGAGAGCGACCACACUAGCUCGCAGUCAGCCACACCCGCCACACUCUCUUGAGCAGGCCCUCCCUCUCUCCUACCCGUUUCUCCUUACUAGGGCCCAGUCCACCUUACUCCUCUCCACUACGUGCUUAGAUCCUCCAGGUGGUGCCAGGCUGGGGCUGGUGAGGGACCGGACCACCUCUGAGAACUGGACCAUUUCCAGCCUGAACCGGGUGCUCAGACCCUUGGAGCCUGGCCUAGGAUUCCUUAACCCCCUGGGGCGGGGACGGGGGUGGGGUUUGGGGCCCCGCCCCUGCCCCAGUGUUAGGCUGGGCGAGGUCCCUGGCUCCCUACCCCCAGCUAGUGCUCCCUCAGGGGGCGCCUAGGGAGGCUCAGGUGGACCCAUCAUAGAAUGGAGCUGGGCCUCUGGCUCCGCUCUGUAAUAAAGGACUGUUGGCUGGGGCCUA